AUGAAAAAUUACAUAAUUUUAUAUAUUUUAAUUGUAGUAGUUAGCAUUUUUUUAAAAAGGUGUAUAAACGAAACGCGGAAUACAAAUUACUUGCCUUUACAUUCGUUUAAAUCUCCAUUUACCAUAAAUGAUUUAAAUAAUGGAUGGAUUUUAGAUUAUUCAACAACAAGCACAAAUGAAUAUUUAGUUCUAAUACCUAACGUAUAUAAUAGAAGAGGUUUAUUAUAUCAUGAUAAGCCUAUUAUAUCAGAUAGUUUAUUUAUAGAAUUUAGCUUUUAUAUACGUAAAAAAUAUUACAAAGAAUCUUUGGAUGAUAAAUAUUACCAAAAGAAUGAUACCAAACCCAUAGAUUAUAAAACAAAUAUUGAAGAAGAAAAUAAAACAAAUGGUUUUGGUUUAUGGAUAUUAGAGAAUGAAUUUUCAAUAAAAAAUGCAAAUAAUGAAAAUAAUGAAUUAGAUGAAAAUGAAUUCAUUUUGUAUGGGUUAAAAAAAAGAUUCAAUGGUAUUGGUAUUUUUUUUCAAUUAAAAGGUAAUGAAUUAAUCGUAUCUGGUUUUGUAAACAACGGAAGUAACGAUAUAAGUGUAAAUGAAUCAGUUGUAAAAAGUCACAAUUUUAAUUCAUUACAUUUUAAUGGUUUAAUAACUGUAAGGGUAAGUUUACAGAAUAAUGAAAUUAGUGUAUCCUUCCUUGAUUCAAAAAAUUCUGAAUUUCAACAAAGUAUAUCUAUAAAAAAUCAAAUUUCUAAAAAAAAUUAUAUUGGUUUUAGUGCUUUUAACUUCAAAGAAGAUGAAAACAUACCAUUAACGAAUGUAAAUAAAUAUGAGCCUACUUUUGUAGGUAUAAAGGAACUUCGCAUUUUUACUAAUUAUUUAAAUGAAGAAAACGAAAGGAAUGAAGAUGAAUUAUUGAAUGAUAAGAAUAAAAACGAUAUAUCUGCAAAUGAUUUAAAUAGUUCAGUUAAUGAUAUAUUAAAAGAAUUAUCACCUCAUCAAGAUCAAAUAAAUCAUACUGAAGCUUUAAAAACUUUAACAAAAAUAUUUCAAAAAUUCAUGGUUUAUCAAAUAAAUUAUGAAAAAAAAUUAUUACAAAAUAUUGAUACAAUGAAAGAUAAAAUACAAAUCAUGCAAUCUGAAUUAAAAUUGAUAAAAAAAAGCUGCAUAAAUAAAUCAGAAGAUCCAAAGCAUUUUCAAAAAAUAUUUACAACAGAAUUAAGUGGUUUAAAAAAUUUAUUUCAUUCUCACACACAGCAUCAUAGAAAAAACAUUGAAGAUAUCACCAAUAAAUUAACUAAGAAAAUAGAUAAUAACCAAGAAUUAAAAAUGCUAGCUGAAAAGGCAGAAAAAUUAGAAAACAUAAUAAACAAAGGAAAUAGUACUACUUAUAUUUUUUCAAUAGGUUUUGCUGGUUUAAUAAUUACAACUCUAAUUUUAAUUUAUAAGAAAAUAAGAGAUGUAGAGAAAAAACAUAUUCUAUAA